UGUUCCUCCGGACCGUGAUAUCUGUGCGAGCCUCCUACGGCUAAUGUUGCAGGGGCGCGGCAAUGAGGGCAUGGAAAUCUCAGUUUAGGUGGACAACCCGUCUUGGAUAGCUGGAGAAGAUCAGGCAUUAGGUAACUGCUCUUCAGCCUGCCUUACUUUUGGGAUGGAGCUCCAGGGCAAAGCAGUGUGGCUGGAGGGAGGAAGAGAGGAUGCCUGUAGAGCUGUGGGCAGUAAGGAGACUUUUGGAGGAGCGAUCCCGUCUCAGACAUGUGGCUCUUCGUAAGGACCCUUCCCUACCUACAUAUCCUCUUCUCCAUUCUGUGGGCUGUUGCUCCAGUCAGGACUUUGGGGCAGACAUGUCUAAAAGAGACUACUUGGUGGAUGCAGCCAAGCAGAUCCGCAUGGCCCUGGACAGGGAAGUCAAUGAGGACUACGAGGCUGCAUUCAGCUACUACAAGAAUGGUGUGGAUCUGCUGCUAAAUGGAGUUCAAGUGGAUCCAAACAAAGAGAGGCGGGAGGCUGUGAAGCGGAAGACCGCUCAGUAUCUGAAGAGAGCAGAAGAGAUCUUCAACUCUCAUCUGCAAAGUAACCUCAGCAAAGGCAGCACACAAUUAGGGGGAUACAGCAGCCUAAGAUUUAGGUCUAUCAGACAUCUCAGCUCACCAGUGGAGGAUCUGGAGAUGUGUAAAGUUGUGGGGGUUAUUGAUAAGGUUCUGACUGUUCAAAACCUCAUUAGCAAGGAGACGUUUGUGAUUAAGAGCUUGCCCAAGUCUAGCUGGGAGAGUCGAGAGCGGCCCACCAUCAUUCCUCAGGGUGUUCCUUUCAUGGUGAAGCUUCUGAGGUAUUACAUCAGUGAGGACUCUGUGUUCUUGCAUCUAGAACAUGUUCAAGGGUGUAGGCUCUUCUCCAAACUGUACAGAGUCAGGAGCAAGGUAGCCAAAGAACAUCCAGAAUGCUUUAGCCCCAAGCAGCACAGGUACCAACUGAAGACCACCUACACAUCUCCUAUGCUGAGCCAGCUCAGCCACCUGAAUGGAGAGGACGAAUGUGGCAUGGACACACUUCUUGGAAGGGACCAUUCGGAAAGUUUGGACCCGGAUUCACCGGCUUUUUGGAAUGAGAUUCAACAUCAGCUGGAGAGCUGCGGGACCCACUCCUAUUGUGAGGAAACAGGAUGUCUGCACAAUUCCAGAUUGGAACAGGUUGAGCUUCAGCAAGAAAAAUCCUCAAAUUCCUGUGCAGUUAAGAUGAAUACUUUUUCCCGUGCCCCAACUAAUGGUCAGCAUAACUGUCUUGCAUCUCAGGAUAAUUCACCACUUCCCGUUCAUCCCUGUGUGAUAGUGGAUACUCGAGAUCCACUCAACGUGACCACUGACCUUUUAGGAAACGACGUCCGCAUUGAGCGGGUCGACUCCAACUUAGACAUUGACAGAGCCUGGAAUGCUGCUAAACCCACUCAGGACCAAAAGAGUUUAACAGCCACAGAGUCUAAUUCAGAUAUUCUUGGGAUCAACGGUGUACCUCAGAUCACUCUGCGCUCUUUAUUCGGUGAAGCCACACAGCCAAUCCUCUGUAGCACUGUCAAUGUCCUCACACAGAAAGUGCGUAUAGUUCCCAACACUCUACAUUUACCACUGCAGAGCCAAAGUCAAGCGGACAUUACUUGUGUACAUACUAUAUGUAACUCCCAAACUGUAGUUGAUUCUGAGAGCUCUCAAUUUGUGGUGAGCUUGAGCUCAGGAAAUUCUCAACCAGCCUUGGUUUCUCCACUGGAACCCAAAUGUUUAUCACCUUUAAGUUUGCCCUUAGACUUUGUGAACAUGGCUCCACAGUUGAACAGUACAGGAAAGGAUGUGAAGGAGGUGCAGAGAGAGCUUGUGGAGGGUGGAGAGGAAAGCAGGGAAUUCCUUAGCCUUCUUUGCAGAGAACCAAGUAGGGGACUUCUCUCCGAUCCUCCUGCAGCCAACACUGGUGGCUCUUUUCAUGGGCACUUCAGAGAGGAGAGACAGUCUUUGGAGCAGCUUAGAGAUGCUGACAAUUGCUUUCACCGGCCCCAACUUGGGACAAGGAGCUUUAGUGGUACGGUUCAUCAGGCCCGAUGGGGUCUCCCUGAGGGAGAGGUACGAAUAUGGGGUGCACAGAUCUUACUGGCCCUUGAGAGCCUUCAUGAGCAAGGCAUUGUCUGUCAGGAUCUCAACCCCAGGAACAUCCUGCUCAGUAGCAAUGGAAAGGUGUGUCUGACAUACUUUGGACAGUGGACGGAGGUUCAGUCUGAAAUCAGCCGUAAGGCUCUGGAACAAAUGUACUGCGCACCAGAAAUUGGGGGAGUCUCCAAAAUCACAGAAGCCUGUGACUGGUGGAGUUUGGGAGCAUUACUGUUUGAGCUUCUUACUGGAAUGCCUCUCUGGCAGUGCCAUCCUACAGGAGUGCAACCACAUACCCAACUGCUCAUUCCAGACCACCUGAGUGCUGCAGCUUCCUCCCUGCUCACAGAGCUUCUGCAGUACGACGCUGGCUAUCGCCUGGGCUCCGGGGGCGGAGGUGUGAGUGACAUUAAGUGUCACCCCUUCUUUAAUUUUGUUCCUUGGCACACACUUGGUAGCUAACAGACACCAAUGGGAAGGAGUGACAUCUAAAAACCUAAUGAAGUAUUUGAACACAGUCAAAACACCGGAGAUUGCUGAAGCAACUGUGGUACAUAAAAAUGGUUCAUAAAAAGACUCGCUUCAUGGAUACACCUCUACCGCCACCUGGUGGUGGACAACAUGGAGCAUCAACGUUCCCCUGCCAGCCUCCUUCAUAAACUGAAGAUCAUCAGCUUAAUACUACAUAAAUGUAAACGGUUUUAAGUCACCCACAGUAUAUUGAAGAAAUUCUGGAUUUCUGCAGCAUUAAAAGAUUGUUUACACCAUGUCUUCAGACAUUUCUGUGGUUCUUAAUGAAACUAACUGAAAUCCAGGCAACUUUAACAGUAACAGUAAUGGGUAAUUAUUAUUUACUGUAGACUGUACUUACAUCUUGGGCAUUAAAAUAUUAUUGCACUUUUGUAUGACAUGUACAAGCAACAUGCAAUAUUACCAGUAUAACCAGUGCAUUUGACCAUGUUUUCCAAGCAUGAAAUGUAAUGCUAAUCUUCCUGAUUGAUAUUUUGGACAACACGCAUGUUCUUCUGUAAUUUCAGUUAGGUAAAUUAAUAAAACAACUACUUUUGA